AUGGCACCACCGAGCUCCACGGAAGCGCGCACCACCAGAGCGGCCGUCAAGCCUCGCAAGGCGGCGGCGCUCCUCGUCCUGUCGGGGACGCGUGUGCUGAUGGUCAAGCGGCCAAACCACUUCUCAUAUCCUGGAGCCUUUGUGUUUCCCGGCGGCACAGUCUCUUCAACCGACUCGUCGCUGAUGCACACGGCCCUCCGCGAGACAUUUGAGGAGACAGGCCUGCUCCUCUCCACAACACCGAUCCCGAUGGAGCGGCGGAGGUUACUCUCCUCCCUCCAGAAGGAGGUGCACGACGGCGUACUGUCCUUUGACAAAGCGCUUGAGGCGCUAGACGUCACCCUCAUCCCGUCCGACGACCUAAUCCCUUUCUCGGUAUGGACCACUCCCGUUGGCCCAGCCAAGCGAUACGAAACGCACUUUUUCGUCACGCGCCUCCCCUCGCAUCUCUCGGAAGAAGCAGUGGUGGGCGAUGGCGGAAUUGAGGUGGUCGGCACGCACUGGCUCCCAACUGAGCGUAUUCCGGCCUGGAUUCGCCAGGGCAAGACGCCCAUGCACAGCGCGCAGAUCUACCUCACUUGCCGGUUGGCGUGGUCCCUCGGCGCAGGAGAGGGGUGGGAUGGCGUCCUGGAAGUGGCGCGCCAGAUUGGACGAGUAGAGGUCUUGAUGCGCCGGACGGAAGAGGAUGGGAAACGCGUAGAGAACAUGCCUAAUGGGGACAAGGUGAUUUAUGAGGCUGGGGCGGGGAGCGCUGGUAAGGCAUGGGUCGAGUUGUCCGACAGAGCCAGCUUGUAG